AUGACGGACUGGACCAAAUUGAAGGUCGCUGACCUUAAGGAGGAAUGCAAGGCGCGUGGCAUUCCUCUCACUGGCCUCAAAUUGAAGCAGCACUAUGUCGAUAAGCUAGCAGAACACGAAGCAGGGAAUACCGGCGACUCAAACGUUGUUACUGACGACGCUGAGACUACAGAACCACAAGAGCAAGAUGCGGCGCAUCUCAAUGGAUCCGAGGUAGAGCCUCAUGAUGAGGUCAUGUCUGAGUCCAAGGACGCCGAACAGGACGCCCUGGAAAAGCCUGGAAUCCGAGAUGGAAAGCCACAGGAACUGCAAAAUGAAGACAAUCGUGCAGAAGACGUGGUCAAGAGCCAGGAGGGAGUAUCUGGGACCGGAGAAGCCCCCCUGGCUGAUCAUGUGGGAGUUAAAGAUACUAUGUUUACACCAGAACCGACGGGUGUUGACGAAAGGAUUGAUACCGCGAAACAGGAAAUAAUACAAGCCCCCGAGCAUCUCGAACAUCCAGAGAACAGCGAACAGGAGAAAGCUGAAGGAGAAACCAAGCCCCAACUCGAUCACAAUGCCCCCAGUGCAGACCCAGCCUUAUACUCCACCCCAAUACGUUCUUCACAACUAGAACCUGCCUCGGAUACCCCGUCUUCCUCGCAAAUGCCUCCGAGUGACCUGGUGGAAGACCAACGACGAAGGAAAAGAAGCGCUACCCCAGUUCCCACAGCGGAAGAAAUGGCAAGGAAGAAGGCGAGAUUGAGCGAGGAUGAAGACAGCUUGAAGGCCAGAGAAACAUCCGCUUUAGAGCCAACACCACCCGCAACCGAACCUGCCCAAGAGAUUCGCGGAGAGCAUGCCAAUGGAGCACCAGCGGAACCUUCCGUGGAAGAGAUCUCACAGGAAGCGACGACGACAACGACCAAACCACUAGUACAGCCUGAAGAGUCCUCUCAUCUGCAACCCAAGUCUUCGGUAGACAAAGGGCCAUCGACCAUGGACGGAUCCCGAAGUCCUUCAGAAGAAAGGGACGUCACACCCGCCAUCCACCCCGCAACAUCAUCGAUUUAUAUCCGCAAUUUCAAGAGACCUCUUCAUAUACCAUCCCUCCGCAGUCACAUUGUAUCAAUAGCCAAAUCAUGGUCCUCCAGAGACGACUCCGAUCCCAUUACUGUUUUCUACCUCGAUAGCAUCCGAACCCAUGCUUUCAUCACAUUCACUUCUGUUGCAGCCGCCUCGCGAGUCCGUUCCGCAAUGCAUGAGACACGAUAUCCCAACGAAAGCAUGCGCGAUCCGCUGUUCGUUGACUACGUCCCAGACGACAAGGUGCAGCCAUGGAUUGAUCAGGAAUCCGGAGGCGGACUUGGUCACGGUGGCAGUGGUCGUCGAUUUGAAGUUGUCUACGAAAACGGGGACAACGGAGUAGAAGCAAUUUUCCAAGAAGUCGACCUCAGCAAACCACAGCAUUCGUCGGAGUCGAAUCGCAAUUCUCGCAUGUCAAUUGACAGAUCGAAAUCAGACCCGGUUCCCGCGGGUGUUCAUCCUGACCGCGCAGCAUUUGUACCGCGCGAUACCCGACGCGACGAAGAUCGACAUCAAGAUCGCACGCGUCUGCCAACAGCCGGCCUCAGACACAGAGGCUCCGUCGGUACAGGUUUCAAAGCGCUUGACGAACUCUUCGAUUCCACCAUUGCAAAGCCAAAGCUGUAUUAUAAGCCCGUCCCUGACUCCGUUGCCAGGGAUAGGUUGGAUAUGUUCCAAGACCUGCGCCUCGGAUAUGCGGAAAUGGGUCGCAGCGGAGAUGAGGGCAUGAAACGAUAUUCCUUCGAAAGGUACCGGGACAGAGAGGAGUGGGUUGACAAAGGCCCGGAAUUUGGCUAUGGCAAACGUGGUCAGAAUCGACUCGCAGGGAUACAUGGAGGACGGGCUGGAUAUCGUGGCAGAGGAGGAGAUUCAUGGCGAGGAACAAGCGGACGGAGAUGA